AUGGAGAAGAAAUUGUCUUUAGAUGGAACAGGAAAUUUUGUUAAAGUUAACGAUGCUAUAGCAGCGGCACCAAAUUUUAGCAUGACAAGAUUUUACAUUCAUGUAAAACCUGGAACUUACCAAGAAAUUAUUGAAGUUCCAUCCGAGAAAACUUUUAUUGCUUUAAUUGGAGAUGAUUCUUCUACUACCAUCAUUGUUAACAAUCGAAGUAAUGGUACUGGGUCCUCCACGGCAUCUUCUGCUACUCUCACUGUAUAUGGAGAAAACUUCAUGGCUCAGUUUUUGACCUUUCAAAACUCUGCUGGACCAAAUGAAGGCCAAGCAAUUGCUGUUCUUGACCAAGCAAAACACACAGCUUACUACAGGUGUGUGUUUUUGGGUUAUCAAGAUACUCUCUAUGCUGGAUCAGUUCCUCAGUUCUUCAAAGAAUGCGAUAUCUAUGGAAGUGUUGAUUUCAUUUUCGGAAACGGGCUUGUUGUAUUCCAAGAUUGUAAUAUAUACGCUCGAUUAUUCGACGUUCAAAUUACUGUAACCGCACAAUCAAAGCAGAGUUUAAGUGCUCCGAGCGGCUUCAUCUUCCAAAACUGCAACGUGACUGUGUCGCCAGAGAUAGCAUCAAGUAAGGACAAGGUAACGGUGUUUCUUGGACGACCAUGGAGAAUGUACUCAAUGGUUGUUUUCAUUGAUUCAUUUCUUGACAGUGUGGUUCAACCUAAAGGAUGGCUGGAGUGGCCAGGAGUGCCAGAGAAUGUAUUGUAUUAUGCCGAAUACAAUAACAGUGGUGGAGGAGCCAACACUUCUCAAAGGGUUAAUUGGCCUGGUUAUCAUGUGUUAGAUAAUGCAAGAGAAGUUGCAACUUUUAGUGUUGAAAUGUUUAUUAACGGGACUCAAUGGUUGCCUCAAACUGGCAUACCAUUUAGAGCUGGUUUUUAG